AUGGCAACGGACGCAGGUUCUGGACUCCCAGACUCUCCAGCGGGAAUCUCGCAGGAGGCGCAUCACCCAGCGGCAAACUCCCAGGCCCCGAUGGAGAACUGGGAGGACCCGUCCGAGAGCGAAAAUUGCUGGAGGAGCCUGGAAAACCUCGAGUCCGCGAUUGAACAAUGCCAGAUCGUCCCCAGACUUAACAUAUCAGAUGAUUUGAAAGUUGGCUUUUUCAACACAGACCAUGCUACUCAAACGGAUUCCAGUGAAAUUUUGCCAUUAAAUGAGCUAUGCUCAUCUACACAAAAACUAGUGAAGAUUAUUAGAUCCCUUCAGGUAGAUUUUGGGUUCCUGAAACAAUUGCUUCAGUUGAAGUUUGAGGACCGUAUUAAAGAGGAGUCUUUCAAUCUCUUCGCUGUUCUACAUGACAGGAUCCUAACAGUCGAAAGACAUUAUCAACAGAAUGAAGAAUUAAUAAGAAAAUGUUGCCAUCAGCAGUUGGCAGAUGCCAUAGCUGUAGUCCGAGGAAUGUACAAGCUAUGGUACACUCAUGGGCAAAGUCAGUUGUCCGUGGACCUGAAGGAAGCUUUGGCAACAGAGGCCGACCCUGAAAAAGCUUCAGUGAAGGAUCAUUUGGAGUACAAAGUGGAAAAUGAGAGACUGCUUCAAGUCGUUGCAGAACUCGAAGAAGUAGCCCAACUCAAUCUAAAAGAAAAUGCAUUUUUAGAAGAUGAAAUUAUGAAUCUGAAAGAGACGGUAGAAAAGGAUCAGAAAACCAUUCAAAGGUUAACUGACGGUAGAGAUAAAUUAAAGGCUGAACUUAAUGCUGAAAAAGUGUUAGUUCAAGAAAUGGUUAGUAAACAUAAAGAAGAAAUGGAAAUGAGAAAAAAGUGGGACAUCGUAAGUGGCAAGAGCUCAAGAUCAUUGAAGGGGAAAGAGCUCACGUUUUCGCCAUGGCCCUCACAACACAGGAUCAAGCCAUCUUCUUUUCCCACCACUUCAGGGUCUAAGACAAAAAGAGGGAAGACUUCAAGGAAGUCUUUAAAGCAAAAGCACCAUGAGGUUGCACCUGACAUAUCUAUUGAGACACAUGAAGAUGAAGAGGUGAAAAUUCAACCUGAGUAUCAUCUAAAAUACUCAGUGGACCAGGUUGAAGAGAAACAUAUUUUGGAGAAGGAAAUAGAAAUGUUAAAGAAAAGUUUAGAGAAUGAAAAAAUGUUGACACAAAGGUUUAGGAAGGAAUCAGAACGGAUAAACAAAAUAUGGGAAAAGAAAUUUCUUAUUCUCCAGAACAGUUUUCAUGUCCUUAAGAAUGAGAUGUUUACUAGGCACACAUUGUACCGUCAGUUUGCAGUGGUUGCUGAUACAUCCUUUAAUUAUGUUCCCCACAGGUUCAGUCUCCAGAGAGUGGCCCAGGCACUGAUGGACCAGCGCCACCAGCAUGAUCCCAACAGCGCCACCGGCUUCAGGCACUUCAGCAGCUUGCCCAUCCUGGACGCUUCACAAGGAAGAAGUGUUGUAAAAGCAGCUGCCAGGUGGCUCCUGAGAACCGACACAAACGUCAGCAGACCGAGUCCGGAUCCUUGGCCAGCAAGGGCAUCCCACCGUCUGGAUAGAGGGCCAGUCACGUCCCAGCUCCCCCCACCACCCUCGAGACAGGCGCUAGACACUGGGCUCACAGAUGGCGAGUGCUGCUGCAGUGGUGCGAGCCCACGGCAGGCGCGCCGGGGCCAGGAAGAGCGGGAGCAGCAGGCAGGAGUGGCAGGCGACGACGUUGGACAGCAGGAUUCAGCUCAAUCCCCACAGGCCACCCCGAGGGAGAGAGGCAAAGCUGUGAAUCAACACAAGCUGCUGCUAGUGCUGGACUUGGGACCAGUUAACAAGAAGUAUGGACACCCUGAGGCCAGCUUCUCCUUUUCUAAGAGAUUUUAG